CCUUUUUCUUGAUUUAGGGCAUUUUAUACGAGGUUUUUAUUUGAAGGAUAUGCCACAGAAUUCGUCUAAAAAACACGCAUCGAACCAGCAGCUGGACGUCAGUGGACCCACCCCCAAAUCACAGCGCACCAAAAUGGUUCGAUCUUCAGAUGAUAAUGAGAAGAAGAACUUGGUCAAGAAGCUUAAAGAUGUUGAAAUUAGUGUUCCAAUUGUUUAUGGUAACGUUGCAUUCUGGCUCGGGAAAAAAGCAAGCGAGUACCAGUCUCACAGAUGGACAGUUUAUGUCAGGGGAGCAACUAACGAGGAUUUGAGUGUAGUGGUAAAACGAGCCGUGUUUCAAUUGCAUUCCAGUUUCAAUAACCCAAUGCGGGUCGUGGAAUCUCCCCCAUUUGAGCUAUCAGAGUCGGGCUGGGGUGAAUUUGAAAUAGCUAUUACCCUUCAUUUUCACAGUGAUGUUUGUGACAAACCACUGCACUUAUAUCACCACUUGAAGUUAUAUCCAGAGGAUGAAUCUGGUUCUAUGUCAGUUAAGAAACCCGUGGUUGUGGAGUCAUAUGAUGAAAUUGUUUUAGCUGAGCCAUCGGAGGGUUUAUUCGCACGUGUUCAGAAUCAUCCGGCGGUAGUUGUGCCUAGGCUGCCUGCUGGCUUUUCUCUGCCCCCUGCUGAUGAUGCAGACAAAAGGAAGAGGAUUGAUCCAAAGGAUAAUCCUCUUACACAGUGGUUUACAAAUUUUUCGGAAGCAGAUGAGCUCCUAAAACUUGCAGCAGCUCGUCAGCAGUGUGAACCCGAUGCAAAUAGGGAUGCAUUGAAUUUGCUCGAGGAAGUAUUGACGGUUCAUAGGUUCAAGGAACUGCACUUCUGUACAUGAGGAAACACGAGCAUCACCAUGUGAUAUCAAUGAGUUGAAGUUCAAAAUGUGCUUUCUUCCAAUAACUCGAUCUGUAAAAUGGCAAAUACUUCCAUUGACAAAACUCUCAUGGUAGUUGGUCAACUUUUGGGCACUGAAAGCAUACCAAAGGAACUUGAUGGAAUCUUCUUGGAGCUUGUUAUUGUUAUUUUCCAAGUUGUGGAACAUAAAAGCUUUGCUCAUUCUUUUGUGGAAUGUUGUACCCUUUAUAAAGUUCCUUUCACGACA